AUGGGAAAGAGAAAGUCCAGCAGAAAGCCACAGGCAAAGGUCAAGAAGACCCUCGACUCCACCUUUGACUGUGUUUCAUGCUUCCACGAAAAGUCGAUCUCCUGCAAGCUUGAUUUCGACCAGAAGAUCGGUGUCCUGCAGUGCAGAAUGUGUGGUGUCAACUACACCUGCGCGAUCAACUACCUGAGCCAUGCAGUGGACGUGUACCAUGACUGGAUUGACGCCUGUGAGACUGUGAACGCUUCGGCCAAGGCAGCGAAGGUGGCAUCGCAGGAUCGGGAUCGUGGCAGCAGCAGACUCCGCGGCGCUGGCGCCGACCGGGACCGGGAAGGAUCCAGCUCACGGAGGAACAAACCCUAUGAUCGCUACGAGGAUGAUGACUAA